AUGUUUCAAGACGUAAUCUCUGAAUUUAGGAAUUUCUAUACCAAUCAAAAUCUUACUUAUCAAGAUUUUUCAAGUAUCAUUGAUCAAUUUGCUAAACUUGAUGUUAGAUGCAUAUUGGAAGAAUAAAUCAAAAAACAACUAUAUGAUUUUAUUCUUGAUAAAUAAGAUGGACUUGUUACAUAUCCUACUGGUAUCUAUUUAUCUAUUUAAUCUUUAAGUUGAAACCUUAGUCUUUGAAUUCUUAUUACAAUAAGAUGUACCAUAAAAUUAUAAUACAAAUCUAAAAACUCUUGGAGUAUAAGCCUAACGUCUACCCUAAGAUAUGUUACAAACCUUGACUAAUGAAUUUCUUUAACAGUUUAAGAAUUUUUAUAAAUUGGUUGAAAACAAAUACGGAAUUGAUGUGGAAUAUAAGGAAUUAGAAACACUUGCUAAAGAAUUAUAAAGAACCAUCAAAAUCAAUUCUAUUGAAAUACUCAGAUAUAUUCGUCCACUUGUUGAUGAAAAUGAAAAAGUUCAAAUUAAUGAGUUUCUUUAAUUGUGCAACGAUUUAGAAAGAAUUAUUAUAGAUUAACAUACCUAUCAAACCAAUGGAGAAUCCAAAAACCCAUACAAUGAAGAUUAAAUAAACAACAAUAAAAACUAACAUUUUUCUAGUGACGAAGAAAACAAAUCUAUAACUCAUAUGCCAAAUGUAUUAAAUGAAUAAAAAGACUUUGCUAAUACUGUUUAUUAAUAAACUGAUAUUAUAUUACAAAAAAAAUAUGUAAAUUAAUAAGGAAAACAACUUUUAAAUGAAGUUAAUUAAACUGUAAAAAAAAUGGAAGCUUAAAUUUCUAUUUUAUAAGAUCAAAUUAAAGAAAAAGAUAAAAAAAUAGAAAUAUUAUAUACUGAAAAUAAUAAAAAAAUCGAGCAAUUUUUAAUUGAAAAAGAAUUAGCCUAAAGUUAAUUAGAGUAAUUUGAGUCUGAAAUUUAAAAUAAAGACCAAUAAAUUCAAAUGCUUUUAUAAGAUACUGAUUUUUUCUAAGAGGAAAUGAAUGUAAAUUAUUUGUAAUUAAUAGAGAGUUUAAGAAUAAUGCAUUGAUUUAAAAUAACAAUUAAAAGAUUAUCAUGAUUAAUUAUAAAGUAUAACAAAAAUUGAGACUGAAUUGAAAGAAGUUCAAAUAGAUAAUAAAUAAUUGAAUGAACAAUUAUCCAAGAGUUAAAGUGAAAUAAAUAGAUUAACUUAAAAUAAUAAAUCAUUAAUGAAAAUAAUUGAAGAAUUUGAGAGUAAAUAAAAUUUAGAAGAUAGUUAAGUUUAAGUCGUAAUAAAAGAUUAGAAUUAAGAAAUGAUAAUUCAUUAUGAAGAGAGAUUGCAUGAGUAAGUAUAAUUAAUAUUAUUUAAGAUUACAAUUACAAUAUUAAUCAUUAGAAGAAGUUAAUGUUACUUUUUAAAAAUAACAAAGUGGAUAUGAACAAUAAAUAAUAGAAUUAAAGAGAGAGAUUAAUUAUUAUAAAAAGCUUUAUGAGAAUCUAAACUGUGAGAAUCAAUAAUUAAGAAGUAGUAUAAUGCCAAGACCAAGUGCUAUGGGUAAGUAAUUCAACUUAGGAGCUUUGGGAAGAUUUAGUAAAGUAUCUAUAUUCCCAUCUUCUAAAAUUGGUAUAAUAAAUAGAUUUUCAAAUACUAGAAUGCCAUCAAUUCAAUAAAAUCCAUAGACAAUCUAUAGUAAUUUUAAUCCAUUGGAUGAUAUAUGCAAUGGAGGUUUGAAGAUUAUUGAAUAAGAUGAACCUGAAUAAUAGGAUUUUGAUUAAUAAGAGGCUGAUCAAGAGGAGCCUGAUUAAUAAAAAAUAUAAGUGAAUUCUAGAAGAAAUCAAAAAUUUUAAUAACUUUUAGUAGAAUCAAUAGUAGAAGAAACAGAAAUAGAAAAAGAUUCGACAAAUAUUAAAGUAGAACCAAAUAAUUAAAAUUAAUUAAUGUAAAACUUUGAUAAAUUUUGGGGAGGGUUGAAAAAUAAGAAUUUAAAAGAGUCUAUAUUUGAUCCAUAAACAAUAUAAAUUGAUGAGAAAAUAUUAUUUUAGAAAGAUUUUCUAGGAAUAAGAAAUGAUUAAAAAGUAAAGGAACUUUUAAGAAUAGAAAAUAAUGUUCAUAAAUCAAUAAUAUAGAAAUGUUUUUCUGAUAGUGUAUAUAGAAUAGAUUCAAAAGGUAAGAGAGCUAGAAGAAUAAUAUUUAUAACUGAACAUACAUUCUAUGCAUUUUAAGGUGAGACUAAACCAGGAAAAUUAUCUAGAAAUUUUUCAAUUAAGGACAUAAAGGCCUUGAUAUUUUCAGAAGUAUUUAAAAAUAAAUAAUAAAAAGAGUUCACCAGUAGUAUGUUGUAUAAAAGUUGCAGGUUCUGAUGACUACUUAAUAGAAACAUUUAAGAGAACAGAAUUGAAUAUUUAUUUAACAGAGAUUUUUAAUUCUCAAAGAAUGAUGUUGUAUAAUCUGGAAUUUUCAAAAGAGUUUAAGAUCAAGUUUAAAGGGCUAAGUGAUCCAAUAAAUAUGUCUUAAGUUUCAAAAAAAUAAGGAUAUUUAGAUUAAGGAAAGACAUCAGCAUUUAAAGUAUCAACCAAAUAAGGUAUUAUUUAAUUAAGUAUAUAGGUUGGUUAUGGUUGAUGAAGAGCAACUUUUUGAUUCAAGAUAAUUGGAAAGAAAUAUUCGUAAUAUUAACAAAUGUUGGUUUAAUAUUAUUUAAAAAGCCAGGAGAUUUUUAACCUAUAUUAUUUAUUUCUUUGGUUGAUGCUAUUGUCAUAAAAGAUCCAAUUCUAGAAACUAAUAAGAAAAAUCUAUUAAAAGUAAUUCUUUUUAGAAUUUUUAGAUUCGUUAUGAGAAUUCAGAAUAUGAAUAUCUUUUAAGUGCAACUUCAGCACUUUUGAAAGAUGAAUGGCAUGAUAUUAUUUAAUAAACUAUAAUGGAACAAGUAAGACAAUAAAUGAAAUAAUCAAAUUGUUAAAUGGAAAGAAGUAGAACAUAGAUUAAAUAAGAAAUAAAAAAUGAUUGAUGAC